AUGGGAGCUGCCGGUGCUGUACGUCGAGUUGCAACAAAGGGGUCAGGAGCAUCUUCAGAAGAUAGUAAGAAAACAGAAGCCCUUGUGCUUUCAUCUGAUGGAAUGAUUUGGAGUGGAUGUUCAAAUGGCUUACUUGUGCAGUGGGAUGGGAAUGGAAACCGUUUGCAAGAUUUCCAUCAUCAUCCUUGUGCUGUUCUAUGCUUAUGUGCUCAUGGUUCUCGAAUAUGGGUUGGCUAUAUAAGUGGUAUGGUACAGGUCCUGGACCUUGAAGGGAACUUGGUAGCUAAUUGGGUUGCUCAUACCGAUCCUGUAAUAAAAAUGGCAAUUGGGGGUGAUUAUGUUUUUAGCUUGGCUAAUCAUGGAGGUAUACGUGGAUGGACCCUUGCCACUCCAGGACCUAUUGAUCAAAUAUUGCAAUCAGAAAGAGCACAGAAAAGACAUUUAUACACCAGACAAGAGAAUUUUAAGAUUCUGGUUGGCACGUGGAAUGUUGCUGAAGGAAAAACCUCACAGGAAGCACUUGCAACUUGGCUGAAUUCUGUCAUUUUGGAUGUUGAAAUUGUAGUAAUUGGGUUGAAAGAAGUAGAAAUGGGAGCCGGUUUUCUUGCAAUGUCUGCAGUAGGACUAGAAGGAACAUCCAGUGGACAAUGGUGGCUGGAUGCAAUAGGGAAGACUUUGGAUGAAGGAUCAAGUUUUGAAAAGGUAGGAUCAAGGCAACUAGCUGGCUUGCUUAUUGCUAUCUGGGUGAGAAAAACCCUUCGAGUACAUGUGGGGGACCUUGACGUUGCAGCAGUUGCAUGUGGUUUAGGACAUGCCAUUGGUAAUAAGGCAAGUUUUCUUACUGUUAAGAGAUAUGACAAACAAUGA